AUGUUGCGCCGCACGUUCAAUCAGGGCACUGACACAAAGCGCCGGAGCGCAGCUCGCGCGCGCGAGAAGGCCGCCGAGGAGGCGCGGGACCGCGCGUGGGAACUGCAGUCGGAGCCCGCGGUCGCGGCGGUCAUCGAAGCGGCGCGCGGCGUCGUCGCCGCGCGGCCGCCGGACCUCAAGUACGCGCCGAAGCUCGGCAAGCUCGCGCGGUCCGUGCUGCGCGACCACGGCGACCUGGCGUUCGCGUUCUUCGCGCUCGUCGCCGCGUGCUUGAUGCACGCGUCGAAGCGCCGCCGCUUCGCGGCCGUCGUCGAGCGGGCGCUCGGCAAACCCGGCGUCUUCACGCCCGCGGCCGCGGUCCGCGACAUCCGCGAGGCGGCCUUGCGCGUCGACACGCGCCAGCUGACGAAGCCCGAGCGCGCCGCCGCGGCCGCCGCCGGCCCGGGGCGGCCCGGGAAGAUGCCGGGCCGCGUCACGCGCUACAUCGCCGAGCUCGAGGCCGCCGCCCGGGCCCUGGCGAGCUCGGGCGCCGGCCUCUGCGCCUUCGCCCGCCAGCCCGCCAACACGGUGCUGAACGCGGACGUCGCCGCGCCCGUCGCCGCCGACGUCCGCGCCGAGCUCAUGAAGGUCCUCAAGAUCGGCCAGUACAACGCGACGUGGCUGGUGUCGCGGUCCGUCGCCGCGGUCCUGGGACUGAAAAUCCCGGCGACGGCGGCGACGACCUGGGCGCAGGUCGUCGGCGGCCAGCUCGGCUUCGUCGACUCCGCCUGGACGCCCGGCCUCGAGGCGAGCGGCGUCUCGCCCCUGGGCGUCCUCUACGCGGCCGGCGACCGCGAGGCCGACGUCCUGCUCCUCUCGGUCGCGAUGUGUCUUAAGGCCCCAUCGAUGUGGUCCGCGCUGGCGCUGGUCGCCGUCGCCGCGGCGACCAAGGAGCCCGCGAAAUACUGGGACGAGACGGCGCACCGCACCGUGGACCACUCGCACCGCGACAGCGAGCACGAGCACUACGCCCAGCAGCGGUCGCGCGUCGAGCGGGCCGUCGGCGCCUACCGCUUCUACGUCUACGGCGGCGGCGCCUUCGACGCGAUGACGACGGACCUCCUCCGAGGGCGGGAGCACAAGGUCGACGACCUCUACGUGCUCGCCGAGGACAAGGUCGAGCUGUGGACGCACCGCGCGCUGCUCAACGACUCGCGGCGCACGGACGACCCCGCGGACGCGGACGUCUUCUUCGUGCCGGCCUACCUGACGCUGUCGACGCUCGUCUCCGCGCACAACCACGCCCGGCGCCUCGCCGCCAUGCUCGAGGCGCUCGCGGGCGCGUACUACUUCCGGCGCCGCGGCGGCGCGGACCACGUCUUCGGCUACUCGGGGACGAACCCCGGCACGGCGAAGCGCGUGGGCUUCCCGGACGUGCAGAAGGUGCUCCACCGCGCCUGGUUCGGCACCUUCGAGAUGAACCCGGCCUGGGUCGGCGCGGACCGGCCGACGCCGCGCGAGCUCGCGACGUCGAAUUCUACCGUCCUGGACCGCAUGGUGCCCAUGCCCUACGUCGUCGACGCGUCCAAGCUCGCGGGCCCGGCGGAGCAGCGCGACACGAACGUGCACCAGCACGAGAUCUCCGUCUUCUUCGCCGCCAACGGGCGGCCCCAGGCGACGAAGUGGUCCGGCUGCAACCGGUCGACGGCGCUCGGGCUCAAGGCGCUGCCCAAGGCGGCGAUCCACGUCUCCGCGGGCCGCGCGCGCCGGCGGCGGCUCGCGCGGCGCCUCGUCGACGGCCUGCGGCGCGCGUCGGACCGCCUCUUCGGCCGGCGCCUCGCGGACGCGCACAAGGUGCUCGUGGAAUCCAAGUUCGCGCACGCGAUGCGCGUCUCCGACUUCUGCCUCGUCAUGUGCGGCGACACGCCGACGUCGCGCCGCAUCUUCGACUCCAUCGUCGCCGACUGCGUGCCCCUCAUCGUCGGCACGCGGCUCUGGGGCAGGUGCGAGCCGCCGUGCCGCCCGGGCUGGGGCUGGUUCGUCUCCGGCGAAAAGCACCCGCACACCCCGUUCCACGACACGCUCAUCGACUACUCGCGCUUCCCGCGGGUGGACGAGAAGUGGUUCUACGACGAUGCCCUCGCGGCGACGAAGGCGGCCAUCGCGAACGUGACGCCGGCCGCGGAGCUCGAGAUCUGGAAGUACCUCGACGCGAUCCGCGGCGACGUCGUCUACGGCUACGGCCGCGCGGCGACGUCGACGGACUUCGGCCGCGCGACGGCGAACCUCCUCGACGGCGUCGUGCUGCGCCUCCGCCACGGCGGCGCCGUGCCGCCGGGGCUCCGGCCGGGCUGA